AUGGAUAUUGCAAAAAAAUUAGCUAUUGAAAUAGGAAUCGAUCCUAUAUUUCCUCAAAGACGUAUAAUACGUAGAAAAAAACAAUUUAAUGAUAUAGAUGGUGAUGAAACACUAUUAUCUCCUAAGGAAUCAUUUAGAAUCCAAUAUUUUAUAUACAUUGUGGAUCAAACUAUUGCAUCAUUGGAAAAAAGGUUUGAACAAUAUGAAUCGUAUGAGAAUAUCUUUGGCUUUUUGUUCAAUUCUGAUAAAUUGCAUUCAAUGGAUGAUGAGAAACUUUUAUCUUGUUGUUUUAAUUUUGAAAAUGCUCUUAAAAAAGGUGAGGUUUCUGAUGUUGAUGGAGAGGAUUCAUUUGUUGAGUUAACAUGGUUUAGAGAGUUUUUACCCAAGGAGAAAAUGGGAGCAAUUGAUUUAUUAAAUUUUGUAAAACGAUAUACUUGCUUCCCAAAUGCAACAAUUGCAUAUAGGAUAUUAUUAACAAUUCCUGUAACUGUUGCUUCUGCAGAACGGAGUUUUUCAAAGUUAAAGUUGCUGAAAUCAUACUUAAGGACAACCAUGUCACAAGAAAGAGUAAAUGGACUCGCUUUGAUGGCAAUUGAAUCUGAUCUUUUAGAUGAAGUCGAUAUAGAGAAUGUCAUCGAUGAUUUUGCUACAAAACAUGCAAAAAGAGCUACUCUUUUUAAGUGA